CAUUUCUGCAUGGCCGCUCCGGAGCCCAGCCGCACCUGGGACAGCGUCCGACCAGCCGUGCGCCGAGCAUGAGAGAGAGAUCCCUGGCCGGGAGGCCGAAACAGGACAUCAAAGCAUGAAUCGGGAGCCCAGGCCGGGCCCGGCAGGCGCAUGAGCGCUCUGACAUGUGAGGGGAGUCCUUGCCGAGCCCUGACAGCUCCUGUGUGGGGAAGAGAGGCUGGGGGCGUGAUGCUGAGCUGGAGAUCGGGGAGGGGGUAGCUGGAGAAGUGGGGCCUGGCCCUCCCCCCAACCCCGCCACAGCUCUGAGAAUCAGGCAUGCAGAGGGAGAGCUGUUCCGAGCCAGGGACUCCUGCCAGCUCUCCGCAGUGACGGAGAUGUGCUUUCCCAUGCACUGUGCGCAGCGUCUGCGGUGAUGCCUCUGGGGCUUCUGGCGUCUCCCCUGGCGAUCCACUCCCCUGGAACCUUUUCAGUGCGGCCGUGUCAGAAUCCGAGGCAUGAGGCAGCAGGUCGGGUCAGACCCCCCGGCGGAGAUGGAGCAGGGGUCUGCGCAGGAAAACCGAAGCUCAGACAGUGGCUUUUGGACAGUCCUGGAGGGCCAGGCCGCCUCUCCGGGAAACCUGGCGUGGUCCUCGGAGCAAGACCCGGAGACCCCUAGACCGUGCGCCACAGAAGGGACCGGACACUGCCAAGGGGACAGAUCCCAGUAUGGCGCGAGUUACUGCUGCCUCCUGCGGCAAAACCAGGUUCUGCUCACAGCCUUGGAAGAGCUGCAGUCACACUGUGCCAGCCUGAAGAAAGACAACAGCCUGCUGCGCAAAAGCUGCUUCCCCGAGACCCAAGAGAAAGUCAAGCAUCUGAAGAGGAAAAACGCUGAGUUGGCAGUCAUAGCCAAGCGCCUGGAAGAGAGAGCCAGGAAACUGCAGGAGGCCAACCUGAAAGUGGUCAACACACCGGUUGCAGGGAAGGGCUUCUGCGCUGGACUCUGCAAGAAGGCGCUGGCUCACCAGCGGGCUAGGGACCUGCGAGAGCAAGCCAAUGCACUCCUGGCAAAAGACAAGCAGAUCAAUGCUCUGCAGCAGGAAUGUCAUGAACUGCAGGCCAGAAUCACAGCCGGAAAGGAAGUUCCGCCUGGCCAGCCUAUCCUGGAUUUCCGCCACCUGCUUCGAGAAUCUCAGAAGGAAGUGCUCCGUCUCCAGCGGCAGAUUGCCCUGAAGAACUUCAAGGCAGCUUGUAGCCGAGGGCCAGCAGACCGCUCCGUGGCUGCGUCGGUGGGUUUGGGGUCACUGGAGCUGGCCAGGUCUCCCAGCUCUAACAGCUUCUCCCCGCCGAGGGCAUCCCAGCGACAAGAAGAGCUGCCUUUGACCAUGGAAGCAGCAAGCAAGGUGGGCUCUAGGGCUCUUCCUUUGACACUCGUGCGCAAUGGAGACAGACCGCUCCCUGUGAAGAAGGUGAUAUCUGCGCCCCCUGAGGUCAAGCAGCGAAUCCAGCAGCUGGAGUUUGAGCUCCGGAAGAAGCGGAAGCAAUGUGAGAACCUCGAACAUGAAGUGAGGAAGAAGCACAAGAGAUACGCCGAGCUCGAAAUCCAGCUACAAGAGGUCCAGAGUGAUAAUGUCCAGCUGUCUGAGGAGAACACUUUUCUUCACGGGCAAUUGGAAUGGACAGCAAAGGUUGAGUCUGAGAAUGCUGACCUGAGGCUGCAGGUGGCCGUGGUGACCGAGGAACGGGAUUCUGUGCUUCAGAAAUCCCAGGAACUCCAAAACAGGCUGGAGAGUCUUGUGCAGGCCUUGAAGCACAUGAGAGAUGUCGCGGAACGAAGGCAGCAGUUGGAACGUGAGCAUGAGAAAGCCCUGCAGGCUUUGCAGAGGAAACAGGAUGAAGUUCGACAACUCCAGCAGGCUCAGGCAGAAGCAAGGAAGGAACACGAAGGAGCGGUGCAGCUCUUAGAGGCUCGUGUGAGGGAGCUGGAAAACCAAUGCCACAGUCACACAGAACAAUUCAACUUCCUCUCGCAAGAGCUCAAGCGCUUCCGCCUGCAAACUGGGAAGAGCGGUCUUCCGGUGGCGUCCUCCCUGGGGACUUCUGAAGUCGUCUUCACCUCCAACCACACUCCUCUACAGCUUCUGGACAGCCUUGAGAAGAAAGAUCCAGAAAUUCUCCCUGUGUCUCCUCGGUGCAGUAGGAAAGCUCACGAUGAAAGGGGAGAAGAAAUCACCUCGCCGGUGGUGCCCCGUCUCACCAAUUCUGCGCUAUCCACCGCAGCCAGAAGCCCAGAUCCGAACACCCCUCCCCUGGCCACCAGGAAACCAGUCAAGAAACUGGAAUCCCAGUCCAGCUCCUCACGUUCGGAAUCCAUGCAUAACAGCCCCAAAUCCUGCCCAACUCCAGAGGUGGACACAGCCAGUGAGAUGGAAGAGCUGGACAUCGAUAGUGUCUCCCUGAUCCCGGAACCGGAAGGUCAAGGCCCUGUGAAGCUCCAGGUCUUUUUAGCACGGUACAGCUACAACCCUUUCGACGGCCCCAAUGAAAACCCGGAGGCCGAACUCCCGUUGACGGCUGGCGAGUACAUCUACGUCUACGGGGAGAUGGACGAAGACGGCUUCUUUGAAGGGGAGCUGAUGGACGGCCAGAGAGGCCUGGUGCCCUCCAAUUUCAUAGAGCGCGUGUCGGAUGACGACCUGGUAACCUUCUUGCCCCAAGAGCUGAGCAACCUCUCCCAGAGCUCCCCCCUCGAGAGGAGCUUCUUCAGCAUGAGCAGUGGGGAGAGGAGCGGUUACUCAACUGAGGAGCUCAGCUCCAGUACGGCGCCGUCCAAGCCUGAAGGCGACCCGGACGAGACAGGCGGUGCCACGGCAGUGCCUUACCCCAGAAGAGUCGCGCUGAUCAAGCAAUUCGGCAGCAACGCCCUGGUGGGAUGGGAACCCCCCAUCCUGCCCGCCGGGGACGUGGACAUCCAGAGCUACAACAUUUAUGUGGACGACGAACUGCGGCAAACGGUGAAGGCCAGGUCCCAGACGAAAGCCUUGCUGGAGAAGCUGGACUUGAAGGCAAGCGCCUCCCGCAUCUGCGUGCAGAGCGUUUCGGAGCGAGGCGUCUCGGACCGGCUGCGGUGCACGCUUCUGGUGGGGGCUGAUGCUGCCUUCGCCCCCGCUCAGCUCAAGACGCGGAAUGUCACGGCCACCACGGCGGAGAUCUGUUGGCUGCCCAGCAACAGUAAUUUCCCGCACACUGUGUACCUGAACGGCGAACAGUACAAUACAGCCAAGGCGGGGAUCUACUGGCACACUUUCCGCAGCUUGAGUCCGAGCACGGCCUACGUCGCUGCCGUGGAAGCCCAGCCCGCUCAGGCGCUCUGGGAACCGUCCCAGGAGAGGCGAAAAGAAACAGCGCUGGCAGAAAUCCACUUCACGACCUCUUGUGCAGGGUCUCCGGAUGCGCCACUGGACGUCCGGGUGGAGCCUGGUCCUUCAGCUGGUAUUCUGUUCAUCAGCUGGUUGCCGGUCACGAUAGACGCAGAAGGCUCGUCCAAUGGGGUGCGGGUUACCGGCUAUGCGGUGUAUGCUGACGGACUAAAGGUGAUGGAAGUGACUUCCCCAACCGCCGGAAGCGUCCUGGUUGAGGUUUCUCAGCUGCAGAUCCUACAGGUGUGCCGGGAGGUGUCGAUACGGACCGUGUCUCUUUACGGCGAGUCAGCAGAUUCAGUGCCGGCUCAGAUCCCCUCUGCCUUCUGGGAAGAUUCUGGCCAUUCUUCUCCGUCUCGGCUGGUGUGCGGGGAAACACAGACCUGCUCGCGGGCCUCCCAGAGGCAUCGGAUGACCGCGUCUUCCACUGUGGACGAAUCGCUUGCCAAAUCCGACUCCCACCCAAGUGUCGGUGGUGAGGAUUCAAGAAACCAUCUGCCAGCUGAGACAUCCCCGAAUGGGCGCUCCUCUCCUGCCUGGACUUACUCAACGCAUCUGCCAUCCGAAUCAGAUACUGCGGCAAGGAAGGGAAAGGGUUCCCCUGUGCCGUCUGCAGACAAUGCAGCAAUCGGAGAUCUGGGUGAGAAGGCAGCUGUGGACAGAUCUGGAGAUGACCACCAGGAGCUGUCCCUGCAACCCGGAGAUCCAGAGCUGCACAGCUCCGCUGGCAGUGCCAGCAAACUGGAUUUGUACAAAGCUCACUCCGUGGAACAUGGGUCUGGAGAGUCAUCACCUGAAAGAGGGGUAGAGAUCAAUCCGGGACUAAACGCCCCAGGCUCUGGCAGACAUUCCGGGCAAGGAGAGGAAAAUGCCUUAGACUCGGGCCAAAGCGAGAAGCACAUUCCAGAAUCCUUAGCUGGAUCUUCUGGGAGAAAGCUCCUGAAAGAGAUCUCCAGAGACGAUUCUGCCCUGGUGGUGCCAAGGAUCAGAAGGGAGCAAGGGGAAAAAAGGACCGAGCCAGGAAACCGCCCUCUGAAUCUUCUCACUGACCACAGCCGUGGGUCUGACCUCUCUGAUAUUAUGGAGGAAGAGGAGGAGGAGGAGGAAGAGGAAGAAGAAGAGAACCAGCAUUCCAGGAAGCACGGAGAGUCAAAAUGGAACCCGGGGGAAUGCCGAAGCCGAGAAAACGGGGAGAAGUCAGACCUCGCCGACACGGAUAGUGACGACGAGAUCUUGGAACGUAUUCUGGAGAUGCCAUUGCACAAGAAUUGCAGCAAAGCGCUCUUUAGCAUCCCUGAAGUCACUGAAGAAGAGGAGGACGAAGAUUGGGAACACACUCCAAAUAGAGCUGGCUUCCCUCCUCCAGAAAAGAAGGCUCUGGAUUGCGUCACAGGCCGGCUUCUGUUGAACCCAGGAAGCUCGGAAGCUCCUGUGAAUGCCGUGCCAAAGAGAAACCCGACGCUUCCGGAGCAGAACUUGCCCAAAAGGGGCUUCCUUCCAAAGAUCCGUGGAGACGAGUUAAAUGAUAUGCUGGCUCAUCCCGAGUUGUCCGGGAGUUGGGGUUGGGAGUGUCAAGAGAAGCAAUCGAGACCUGUUGGAGAAGGGCAAGCCUUACAGUGGAGGAGACCGAAUCGCGCCAAAGAAAAGGCCCACGGCCAAACCCAGGCGAACGGGAAGAAGAAGGCGGGUGUCGGAGAGCACAGCCGUGCCUCCCUGAGCAAUUCCCACCAGGCCACAGGUGGGCUUUACAGAGCUCACAGCCUCAAGGAGAACCUGGAUGUCAUCACCAGCCUUGGGGUGGAGGAUGAGCUGGAUCUGCGCAAUUGGGCGGGACCGAGAGCCUACCAAGGGAGACCGGUGGCCCCAGAGGUGGGUGAAGAUGCCUUCUGUGGCCUCCCCUGCUGCCUCAGUCCCGAGAGCUUGGAAAUCGACAUUGAGUACGACUCGGAGGAGGAUCCGGAUCUGACUGUCACCUCCACCCCGGGGAGCCAGCUGAGCUCGGAUGGGCAGGUCGAUGGCUCACCCACGGACUGCGAAGAUGGGUGGAGCGAAUGCUCGAGCCGCUCCGGUUCAGUCCAGUCCAGCGGACCACGGGAGCUGAAGCGGUGCAGCAGCUGGGAGGACGAGAGUGUGGAGUGGAGCGGUUCCCCCAGCCGGUCACCAAGAGACCGGGGGAAAGGGGCAGUGCGGGGCUCGGAGGAACGGAGCAGGAGCCUGGAACGCAACCCUUCUUUCUGGAGAGCCAUGCCAGAGCAUCCGCGGCGAGGGAGGCCGCUGUCACAGAUACGGGUGGGAGGUAACGGGGACCCCGAGUCACUGAAUCAGACAUCCUGGCAGGGCUCGCUCCAAAGAGGCAGAAGGCCCCGGAGGGAAGUUCAAAAAGCAGCACUUAGUGACGCCAAUUCAGCAGACUCCUGGAGACCCACUUCCUCCGAAAUGGACGGGGACUUGGUACGACUCUUUGUGGCCCUCUUUGACUACGAUCCCGUGUCAAUGUCUCCCAACUCUGACGUGGCCGAGGAGGAACUCCCGUUUCGGGAAGGCCAGAUUUUGAAGGUUUAUGGCCACAAGGAUGCGGAUGGUUUCUACAGAGGGGGCUGUGCAGGGCGGACCGGAUACAUCCCGUGCAACAUGGUCUCUGAGGUCCAAGUGGACAAUGAGGGAGCACAGAAGCAGCUCUUGCAAGACGGCCACAUCCCGACUGACAUGCUGGUGAAAAGCCUAGGCAAUGGUGCAUUCUCGCCCCCUCCACAACGCCCUGCGUCUCACCCUCCAAAGCCCCAACGGACCAAGAAAGUGGAAUGGGACAAGAAGGAAGAUAAGAUUCCUCGUGUUGGAGCUCACGAAGGCCAGGAUGCCACUGCGGAGGAGGCGAUGCCGUGGACAAUGGUGGCCAUCUUUGAUUACAAUCCCAAGGAGAGCUCCCCAAACCUGGACACAGAGGCCGAACUAAAGUUUUGUGCCGGGGAUGUUGUGACGGUGCUCAGUUCCAUGGAUGACGACGGGUUUUAUUAUGCCGAAGUGAAUGGCCAGAAGGGCCUUGUGCCCUCCAACUUCUUAGAAGCCACGCCAUCGGAUGGAGACCAGCCUGGCGAGCCACACCUUGGAAGGCAGAGGACGAGGAAGAGACGGGCUCAGUGACCAGUGCAAGAUCAAGAGGGAGAGAGAAGACAAGAAUGACAGAGAGAAAUCACGUGAGUCGCACUUCCCGGAUGUUCUUUCCAGAGGCCCGGUCUGCCACUUGUUAUUUAAGAGAGGCCAUAUCCUGAACUGAGAACCGGGCAUGGUGAAAGCUACCUGGAGAAUCCCACAGAAGCUUCACAAAUGUUACACCCAGCCUGCGGCAGCUUCAUCAAUUGCCAGUGUUCUUCUGAGAGUGCUUGUUUUGAUCUCUGAAGCUCUACGUGGCUCGGGGACAGGGUAUUAUUUGGCCACAUUCGCUCAUGUGAGGCCAGGAUCCUCCAUUUUACAUCUCUAGCCCCGCUUGUGGCUUCACCAUUGACUGAGAUCUGGGGCUAGACACAGGGCCUUUUUGGUUGGGGCCCCUUGGCUUUGGACGGCCCUCCUGCAAGAGCUUUGCUGUGCUCCCUGCCUUGGGGGUUUUCCAGCUUAACCUGCAAACUCCAUCUUUUUAGAGAAGCUUUUGACCAGCAUCUGUAUCUGGUGGGUUUUUGACUUUGGUUUUAAUUGGGCCCUGGUUUUCGUUUCAGUUUCAGUUUUGAUUUUAUGUUACCUUUUGUAUCCAUUUUGUGAGCCACCCCGAGCAGUACCAAGUGAUAUUUUCAAUAAUUAACAGACCGGGACAGCAAAUACGAGCCUUGCCGAUGGGAAGCCCCAGCAGAAACUCAAACACGGAGUGAGCUUCCCCCUUCUUAACAUGAACAGGAAGAUGAUAUAUGUUUAUCUUGCUCUUCAGCGUCCAACUGUGCUCAGCAGCUGGGAAGUUUCACUGCCUCAAGGCCUUUUAGACAGGCGAAGGCACAUCUCCCUCAGGACCUCUCUUCACCCCCAUGAUGUGUCCAAGGAGGAAGAGGAGGAAGGUUUUCUCUUGAGGGCCAGAAGGCUCUUUUUAAAACUCAGGUCUCAUGAGAAGAGCUAAUGAAGGUGCUCAGGAUAGCAGCAGAGCUGUCAAACCGCCGGACUCGCCUCCAUGCUGGGAGCUGAGCCACCGAAGAGUAUUGGGAGAAGGCAAAGAUUGACGCUGUUUACCGGAAACUUCAGCCAAGCUGACAUUUUGCUGCAAGGGACUGCAGGGUGUGUCAGUGGCUCUGUGGAAUGAGUCAGAGCUGGGUCUGUGCUCUCCACAGGAACGUUGUGCCCAAGAUGACAUGUUUCAAGUGUACGGUUCUGGCUGUGAUAUUGUUCGAUUGGAUGUCCCCAAUCUCCGUGAUCCCCGAACAACAUUCCUUGGUUGGAACUUGGGGCUCCUUUCUGAAGCUUUUGCUUGGUUUGUGGGAUGGGGAUUUGCAGCAGCUCCCUCCCCUUUCUGGCUGCUUCUGGGUGUUGCCAGGGCGUUUCCUCUGUGGGUCGAUUCUCCCCAGAGAGGAAAGACCAAGGCUCACCGCAAGAGGGAGCAAUUUUGCCUGAAAGUUGGGCGAACUGAUUUCUCUCGGGACUUGCUUCCGUGUAGCGCUCACGUUGGCCAACGGAGGAGUCACACAAUCACCUUCACCCAUUGUCUCGUUUUCUUUUGAUGUAGUGACUUGUCUCAUCAAGAGUUCUUUGGCAGUCUUGAUUCUGCUCAGCAGGGUGCCUGGGGAGGCGGUCCUUCCUCACCCCCCCACCCACGUUGCUGACCCUGCUCCGAAAGGGUACAGAACACCGAUCAUUUCCCCACCACUUCGAGGCAGGAUGUUGACGGCGGCUGACAUGACCACGUGGCUACAGGGCCCCUGCUUGGUAAACUAUUAUCUGGGGGGGCAUGUGGGAAGAGCUCCCCCCUGAUAAAUUGCACUGAUCUCUCCUCAAAUGCUUCUUCCUUUUCCUGGCGGUUGGCAAGUGUUUUGCACGAAUCCAAAUUCGCUGUGAAAUUUCGCACGAGUUAUCCGUUAGUCGUGAGACUAGGCAUGGAGUGUAAGAAUUGCCCACUGCCCAGAGAGAGUCCUCACCAGACCUCAUCACCCACUCAGACCCCUAAAACAGGGCAUCCUGGAGAGGAAUGACGUCCUCAACAUGAGUGCAGCAGGGAUUCCACUGUUUGGGACCAGGGAAGGGCUCAGUGGGGACCUGAGGAGGACAGACCCCACCUGAAUGGAUCCCAUAUUGCACACCCCAUCUCUCUUCUGGCUUCAGGGGAUUUGGAGUACCCAAAUUAAAGCUGGACCAACCGAAACGAAUUUCCAUUCAUGGGGGUGAAAUGAGAGCAAGGAUAGUCAGUGGUCCGGACAAAAAUUCCCCACUCUCCCAACCAGCAAUUUCCCACUCCUCCAUCCAUCAGACUGGAAUUUGACAGCAAAAUCCGAGUGGAUGAUGGCCCAAAACUAGCUUUAAAUAUGUAUUAAAGGCCUCCAUUGUUUAAAGAAGCCUCAUUCCCUCCGCUCCCCACAGAACGAGCCGCAGAAGCCAGAUAAAUAGGAGACUCCUCUAGCCUCCCAGGAGCUCUUCGCUUCCGUCCUGGUCAGGAAUUGGGUGAGAACUUGUGUGCUGUGGGGGGCGUUGCAGGGUCCUCUCCCCUGCCGAUUUCGGCUGGCCUGUUACAGAUCUCUCUUUGCAUCGCUCCAGUCUUUCCUGCCACACCGUUUCGGAUAGGAAGAGGACACGAGCCAGGAAAGCAAACUGGAAGGUCUGGCUAUAUCAGAGAAGUCAGGGUUUUCUAGGAGGAAUCUGGCCCAUGGUCGGAAGAAGUUUGAAAAUGUCGAGCAGGCGUAAGGUAAAUGAACUAACCAUACUGAUUAGCUUUCCUCGAUAAGUAUUUAAUUUUUAGCAAAAGCCUUGCUUCCUUAAAAGCCACCUUUGCACCCCUGCCCCGGCCAAAGUAGGUGUUAGAGUUGCUCCUGGCUCACUUUAGGAGAAAUUCAGAAGCCUCUUUCGGGGGAUCUGCAUUCAUCAUUGUUAGCCACCAUGGGGAGAAUUUAGUGACCAGCCUCAGGAUCUUGAGAUCUGCAACAGAGAUGAACUCCCCUGCCCCCGAUACAUGGUCUCACCUAGCCCAGUUCCUAGCCAGGAAGGAAGGGGUUUGCCUGGCUCCUGGGAGGCGGGAGGUGUCUCCCUGCUGCCUGGCUGCACCAGCUUCUGCUGCUUGUUCUGGGCUAGAGGAGGGAGUGGAUGAGGCUUCUUGGGCCAGCAAAGUCCAUUUAAAAUGUUGGGUUCAAUUCAAGCUAUAGGGCCCUAAUACACUGUCAUUAUUUGUUUGUUUGUUUAUCCCAUCUAUAUACUGCCUGAAGUGUGCAUCUCUAGGCAGCGUACACCAUUUAAAAUGCAACAGAUUUAAAGCAGGGUAAAAACUCUUAGAUCCAUUCUGCAGCAUAAAAAGUUCAACCCAUCUCAUAGGGCAAAAACGAUUCAGCGGUUUAAAAUCCAUUUCGGUGCCACGACCUGUGAAAACCCGUGCGUCUUGAGCAGCGUCCCCUCGAACAGGGAUUCCCCGCCGUUGCUGACUACAACUCCCAGAAUCCCCCAGCAAAAGCUGGGGGUUCUGGGAGUUGUAGUCAAGCACAUUGGGGAGUCCCUGCUAGACAGGACAUCAGUCUUGAGGGUCAGACAAGGGCCCAUUUUGUCUGACAAUGUUGCUGACAAAUUCGGGUCUGGCGGGUGGAGGAGUGGGGAAUAUUUGGGGAGGGGUGUCCGCUAGUUACCCCUUGGAGACAUCCCUCCAAGGAUGAAACGGGCACUUGAGAUGAAUUUUCUGCUCAGGGGAGGGGGACACUCAAGGCCUUUCAAAGAAAGGUUUGGAUAAAGGUCAGUGUAACUUCUCAAAGGGGGGUGAGAUACCCCAAGUCCUUACCUGCCACUGUGCCAAAUAAACAAGCCUGCCCCCCAAUGACUCUCCCCUUACCCCUUCUGCCUUACUUGCCUAUGUAGCUGCCGUAUGCUUCUCAAAGGGGAAGCUGGCCCGGGGGUCUGUGGAACGGGCAGCUGUGCACCACGGGAGGUCCGUAUCCCUUGCACUGAGGACGGUUUUCGAGGGGACAAAAUGCCGAGGGGCGUUUUUAAACAACCCGUGGUUUCUCUCCCAUCCCCGCAGCCAAUGUUCCUCUCUGCAUGUGGGUAGGGACAGGUUCCCAUCCGUUCUGGGCAUAUUGGGUGGGGGGUAUCAGGGUUCUGCUCGGCAAUGUUUUUAUUUUGAAAAAGGAAUUUAUUACAUUAAAGUCUAUUUUCACAAAAAUUGAGGGUGAUGGUGGCGAAUUCCUUUCUUUUCCGGCGGGUUGGCUCCGAGACGA